AUGGUUAAUAAUUCUCACUGCUAUCUGCCUCGGUUCACUCCGGCGGUCGACGGGCCUAAACGCCCGGUUUCGAUGAAGACGAGACCGACGCCUUCCCAACAUGCGCAGUUAUUAACCGCGUGGCACGAAAGGCGACUGGAAUUGGUAUUGCAGGCCACCUGGGCGAUGGUUCUGCACUACUAUAUCCGAUCCGAGGAUAUCUGCUUUGGCUAUCAACACAUUGACGGCGACUCUAUUUCCUCUCGACACCCUGUACAGCGGUCGAGUAUCGCCAACCUGUCAGCCUUUCGGCUGGCAAUCAACGAGAACGACUCCAUUCAGGCAAUUGUAGAUAAAGUACGGGAGUACGAUGGACUCGACUCGCAGCUUGGAGGUGUGGGAAGUGACGAGGGCGCUUCCGAGGGGGGCUACUUGCCUUUCAACACCAUCCUGAUGUUGCGCACAUAUCGCAAGGCGAGCGAUACACCCUCCUCGCCGCUUUCUCAACAACCAAUUUUGGCAACCGCUCUCCCCGACCAGUGCCAAGUCCGCCUCCAUGUGAAGGUGUUGCGCCGGGAUAUCAACAUCUUCCUCGAAUGGCGAAAUGGGGACAUGUCCGGGGAGCAGAUGAAGAGCGUUGCCCAUAUUUUCGAGCAGAUGCUUCCUCAAGCACUUUCGCCCGGGAACACCGCUAUUAGCCAGCUUAAUUUGUUCUCCGAGAAUGACUUGCAGCGCAUCCGCCAGUGGAAUUCGCAUACUCCUGAAAUGUACAAUCGCACCAUCCACGAUGCUAUUCAUGACCAGGCCCUUAGCGGCCCUCAUCGAGAGGCUGUGAGCGCUUGGGAUGGAAGUUUGACGUAUGUUGAGCUCGAUGCAUUGGCUUCAAAGCUCGCGUCUCAUCUGCGUACGCAGGGCGUUGGCCCAGAAGUGCGCGUUGCGCUUUGCUUUGAUAAAUCGAAAUGGAACAUCGUUGCCAUGCUGGGCGUGAUGAAGGCGGGCGGCGCCUUCGUCCCAUUGGAUCCGACCCACCCAACCUCGCGAUUGCAACGUUUAAUCGAGUCUGUUAAGGCAACGGUGGUGUUGUGCUCUCCAUCGCGUGAGGAGGUUCUUCGACCCAUUGCGAACACAUUGAUUCCCCUCUGCGCCGAUACUCUGGAAGGACUAUCGGACCCUGUAGAAGAUGUCGACCUUGCAUCGGGUGUCACUAGCAAGAAUGCCGCCUAUGUCCUGUUCACUUCCGGGUCCACGGGAGAGCCUAAGGGCACUUUGUUGGAGCAUCGAGCGUUCUUGUCCAGCGCAAUGGUGCAUGGCCCUGGCCUGCAUGUCUUCCGUGACACACGAGCCCUUCACUUUGCGGCUCACACCUUUGACGCUAGCUUGGCCGAGACACUGACACCCCUGAUCCACGGUGCAUGUGUGUGUAUUCCUAGCGAGGAGGAGCGAUUGAAUGACAUUGUCGGCUUCAUCAAUGAGCACCGAGUCAACCAAGCAUGCUUCACCCCGUCAUUCAUCGGCUUUAUUGAAAUCGACAGUGUGCCGGGAUUGCAAAGUCUUGUUCUGGCCGGUGAGGCAAUGUCGCAGUCCCAACUGGCCACAUGGUCCAGAAUCAAACUGGUCAAUGGUUAUGGCCCUACCGAGGCCAGUGUCGCAUCUGUGCUGAAUUCAAAUGUUACACCUACUACCGAUUGCAAAGAUAUCGGCCUGCCUGUUGGAGUUCGCUCUUGGGUAGUUGAUCCUGAAAAUCAUGACGAACUCGUUCCCGUAGGCUGCCCUGGUGAAUUACUUCUUGAAGGUCCUACGCUCGCCCGUUGUUAUGUGAAUAACCCAGAGAAGACAAACGAGUCUUUCAUCUACGAUCCUGCCUGGGUCAAGCUCGAUGCUGGAAGGGGGUCUAAGCGCAGAUUUUACAAGACGGGUGACUUGGUGAGGUACAACUCCGACACUGGCGCUCUCAACUACGUCGGUCGCAAAGACACCCAGGUCAAGGUUCAUGGGCAGCGAAUCGAACUGGGCGAAAUCGAGAACCAAUUGAACAAGGACAUUCUCGUUACGCAUUGCUCUGUGUUCUUUCCCAAGUCCGGUUUCUCCAAAGGCAGGCUCGCAGCCGUCAUUUCAUCUGCUGGGCUCCUCCCAGAACAAUCAGAUAGGGACUUGAAGCCCUUGCGUUUAAUAUCGUCGAGCCAAAAAUCGAAAAUCGUACCGCAACUUCGCGAACGACUAUCCACACGGCUACCCACGUAUAUGGUCCCUUCGGUCUGGCUGUGUGUAGAAGCUAUGCCGCUGCUACCAUCUGGAAAGCUUGAUAGAAAAGGGAUCGCAAGCUGGGUGGCCAACUUGGAGCAGGAUCCUGAUAUUAUAGAGACUGGUUCAGGCUUUCAGCCUUCAGGGGAGUUGUCUCAACCUGCUAACGAGAAGGAGGAGGCACUGGUCUCCGUGUUUAGCCGUGUUCUGAAUAUCCCUCAGAACCAUGUCAGUUUGAAUGAGAGCUUCCUCGCCAUGGGUGGUGACUCCAUUGCCGCUAUGACUUGUAUCGGUAUGUGCAAGAAGCGGGGCCUUGCUCUAUCCGUUCAGGAAGUCUUACGCAGCAAGUCGAUUCGGGAUUUGGCAUCGCGGGUUCGAGCCAUUGAUCAUUCGACCACAUAUCAGGAAGCUGUCGACGAACCAUUUGAACUCUCCCCCAUUCAGAUUCUUCACUUUGGUGUCCGCAAGGAAGGUCAGGGUCAUUUCAACCAAGGAAUUCUUACCCGCCUCAGCAAGCCCGUCAACGAAGGUAUCCUACGCCAGGCGAUUGAAACACUCAUCUCGCGUCAUUCGAUGCUCCGCGCUCGGUUCAAUGAUUCUGGAUCUGCAACGGCUUCGAUGCAGCGCAUCACUCAAGAUGUGAAGGGUUCGUUCAGGCUUCGAACCAACAGUGUAAACAGCAUUGAAGAAACGAAAGCCUUUAUCGGCAGCAGUCAAGGUUGCAUCAACGCAUUUUCUGGGCCUCUGUUGGCUGCUGAUUACUUUCGUGUCCAGGGACAAGAAUCGUGCCAUGUGUUGUCCAUGACUGCUCAUCAUCUUGUGGUUGACAUCGUUUCGUGGAGGAUCAUCCUCGAAGAUCUGGAAGACUUGCUUGUCAACCCUGGCAAGACGACCAGCGAGAAUGGAUCUCUGCCUUUUCAGACCUGGUGCAAGUUGCAGGAGGAACAUUGCAAUAACUUGAUUAAAGAAGGAAAGGCUGCUACCGAUCAACUACCCGCUAUCGACUUUGGUUAUUGGGGAUUGAACAACAGCCAGACGACAUACGGCGAUGUGGACUGCGCGUCCUUCGAGAUUGAUGCCACCCGCUCUAACACGAUCAUGAUGGGAUGCCACAAAGCUUUGAACACAGAGCCCAUUGAUUUGUUCCUGGCAGCUAUGCUCCACUCAUUUGGAAAGUCCUUCACGGACCGAUCAUUACCUACUAUCUACAACGAAGGACAUGGUAGAGAGGCCUGGGAUCCAUCAAUCGACAUUUCACACACUGUCGGCUGGUUCACUAUUCUGCAACCAAUCUUCGUCUCCGACUACAAGCCGGGUAGCGCCAUCGAUACGCUCAUCCAGGUCAAGGAUCUACGUCGUCGAGUCUCCGACAACGGUCGCGCGGACUUUGCCAGCCGUGUGCUUCAACUCGAGGGCAAAGAUAGUGGUCGCCACCCCCACCCAUUCGAGAUGUCUUUCAACUACGUCGGUCAGCACCGCGACCUUCAGAGAACGGACGGACUCUUCCAGCUUGUGGAUCAAAUGGCUGGCGAAGCGGGUCAAGGUAGUGAUGCUGCUGAUUUUGGACGGGAUACUCCUCGUUUCGGGUUAUUUGAGAUUUCAGCUAUGGUCGUUGCUGGCAGGAUCCGGUUUACUUUCUCUUUCAACAAGUUCAUCCUGCAUCAGAAACGCAUUCAUGACUGGGUAUCCAGCUGCCACCACCAACUGGUUUCUCUCUCUGAGAAAUUGAUGGCAAUGUCACCCCGCUUCACGCUGAGCACAUUCCCUAUGCUUUCAUUGAACUAUGAGAGCCUGGACAAGAUGCUCGCCCAGAAGCUGCCGGCACUAGGCGUCAGCUCGCCUAAUAUGAUUGAAGAUAUCUAUCCAUGCUCUCGCAUGCAGCAGGGUAUUCUUCUUGGUCGAACUCGAGAUAGCUCGUACUACGCCGUGCAUGACACAUUCGAGGUCCGCGGCACUGGAGCGACCAAGCCAAACAUGGAUCGUUUGGUUGAGGCCUGGGGGCAAGUCGUGUCUCGUCAUGCCAUGUUCCGGACCAUCUUUGCAGAGAACCUCACUCCUCGGGAUCCGUUCUGCCAAGUUGUGUUGAAGGAGUACAAUAUCUCGCCAGUCAUUCUACAGUCUUCCAGCGAAAAAGAUGUAUUAGCUACCUUUGAUGCUCAGACACCCAAGGACUACAGCGAGAUUGCCCCUGCAUACAGGUUCAGCAUUUGUCAGACCCCAAGCGGCAAGCUCUUCUGUCGCAUCGAGCUUAGCCACGCUGCCAUGGACGGCAACUCAAUUUCUAUCCUCAUGCGAGAUAUGCAGCUGGCCUAUGUCGGUAGACUCGAGGAGAGCCGGCGACCAUUGUUCAAGGAUUACUUGAGGUAUCUGCUGGAUGCCCCGAACGAGGCUAGCAUUCAGUAUUGGUGCCCGUACCUUUCUGGGGCCAGGCCGUCUCUCUUCCCCACUCUGACGGAUGGCAAUAAGCCCGUCGAGAAGAGUCUUCGAUCCGUUCCCGUCAACUUUGGCUCUCUGAAUCAGUUGCAGAGUGUCUGCGAGAAGAAAGGAAUAACCCUGUCCAAUGCUUUUAAUGCCGCUUGGGGUCUCACUCUGCGUCUGUUCUGUGGCUCUGAUGAUGUGAGCUUCAGUUACAUGGCUUCCCUUCGAGAUGUGGCAGUCGAUGGAGUUCAAUGGGUUGUUGGUCCUGUCAUAAAUCUCAUGAUCUGCCGCAUGAAGAUCUCCGGCGACUCGCUUCUCACGGAUGUUCUUGAGCAAAUCCAGAAUGACUACGUGGAGAGCCUCCCCUAUAGACACACCUCUCUCAUCGACAUCCAGCAUGCACUCAAGCUGUCUGAUGCUAACCUGUUCAAUUCCGGUGUCUCCUACCGCCGCCUUCCUGGUGCGAAGGAUGCGGUCGGCAGCGAUAUCGAGUUUGUGGAGGUAGGGGCCAUCCAUGAUCCAGCCGAGUUCCCAAUUUUCGUCAACAUUGAGGCGAUGGAUACCAAAGCUAGGAUUGAACUGAAUUACUGGACGACAAACCUCUCCGAUGCCCAAGCCGCCAACGUUGCAAACACAUAUGUCCGUUGCCUUGAGGGCAUUUUGACCAACUGUGACAACCAGAUCGGCCAGCUUGACUGUUCCAGCGACCUGAAUAAGGCCCAAAUCCAAUCCUGGAAUAGAAAGAGUCCUAAAUACGUUGAUCGCUGUACCUAUGAGGGGGUCCAGAAGAUGGCCAAGCAAAAACCAGACUCGCUGGCAAUCGCUGCUUGGGAUGGAAACCUCACUUAUUCCAAAUUGGACCAGUACUCGUCAAGGCUUGCCAGCUACCUGGUCACGUUUGGAGUUGGUCCUGGAAGCCUGAUUCCAACGUGCUUCGAAAAAUCCGUCUGGAACACUGUUGCCAUGCUAGCUGUCAUGAAGGCGGGUGGAGGCUGUAUUCCUGUCGAUGGCUCAAAGACCAUGGGUCUCAUUGAGAAAUGGGUCGUCGACAAUGUCGUACAGGUUGCUCUUGCUUCUCCUGAGAAGUCUCAGACCCUUGAGGAUACUAUCCCAUAUGUCAUUCCGGUCAGCGAAUCUCUCCUAGAGUAUCUGAACGACGAGCCGCUUCCAUUGACGGCUGGUCGGUCUGACCCGGCCUAUGUUGCCUUCACCUCUGGCACUUCACGCCGUGCUCGUGGGGUCGUGCUCGAACAUGGUACAAUUAUGACACGCGCUGAGACUUUUGCCUCUUCCCUCGGCAUCUCUGACUCCUCUAGGACCCUGCAGUUCGCUGCUCACACGUCUGACCUGUUUUUACUAGAGACCAUGGGAACUUUCAGUCGUGGGGGUUGUCUCUGCAUUCCGGCUGAGGUUGACCCAGUCAAUCUCGCUGCUUCUAUGAGUGUUCUGAACGCUAACCUGGCUUGCAUCACCCCCACAGUGGCAAGCUUUAUGGAUCCCAAGGAUGUUCCUAAUCUCAAAACCGUGGCAUUUAUGGGAGAACCUGCAUCUGAAAAGCUGUUGCAGAACUGGGCAUCCGAGGAUCUCCAGGUCCACCUUCUAUAUGGUAACACGGAGGCUUCUUCGGCAUUCAUGCACUGCAAGGUUGUCGGCCAGAGGACAAAAGCUUGCAUUGGAUCAUCAAUCUCUAGUUUCUCCUGGGUUGUUGAUCCGUCCAACCACAACGCUCUUGUUCCUGUUGGUGCCAUUGGUGAACUGGCCAUUGAGGGCCCAGUUGUUGCUCGUGGCUACCUUGCUGGCACCAAGGAUGGAGAGUCCGAGUUCUUUGAGAAGCCAGCUUGGAUCUCUGCUUUCCCCGGCGGCAAGAAUCGCAAGUUCCUCAAGACCGGUGAUCUUGUUCGAUAUAACACUGAUGGCUCUCUGGUCUUCCUUGGUCGAAAGAGUGCUCCCGGCAUGUCUUCUGAACGCAUGAUUAUUCAAAAUGCUUUGAAUGAGUUCCUCGGGCCUCAACGAAUGUCUGUCAUCGACAACUUACCCUUGGCUGGAAAUCCUUCAGAUAGCAUUGUUGCCUUCAUUGGAUCAUCCAGAUCGACAACAGCAGCCCCUGACGAGCAGGUUAUUCUGAAGUCUGCGCCGGAGUUAAAGUCCGUUAUCGCCUCGCUGCACACUCAUCUGUCCACCAAACUCCCUGCUAACAAGGUUCCGAGUACCUAUGUUCCUGUUUCCAUCUUCCCCUUGACUCCUUUCGGUAAGCUAAACUUCCAGACCCUGAGAGCCGAGCUUCAAGCUCUUCCCGACAGCGUGAAGGGAUCAUUCAACUGCAGGAAGUGGAUUGAUGCCGGGUCGGAAAAUCGCGCAUCGUUUGGAUCUGGUGUCUCAAACAACCACCUCGACUUCUGGAAAGAGUAUCUGGCCGACGUAGAGCCAUGCAAUUUCCCGCCUAUUUCUCACGUCACUACCAAUGCGGAACGUUCGACCAGGACUCUCAACAAACAGACGCAGAAGAUGCAUGCAUUCAGCAAGAUGUCUGGUGUUUCGGUGGAGACAUUGUUUCAAACUGCCUGGGGUAUUGUCCUGCGAUGCUACACUGGCUGCGACGAUGUCUGCUUUGGCUUCUCCACGGAAUCAGAUGCACAAUGUAUCUCUAUCUGCCGCCUUAUUUUGAACAACGAGCGCAGAUUGGAAGACACAUUGCAGGAGUCCAAGACCCAGUUUGAAAAGGGUCGCGAGAACUUUGCUGAUCUUGCCAUCAUCAAGCAUCACCUCGGUCUCGACAACUCUAGUCUCUUCAAUACACUGCUUACCUACCGCACUGCCUCCUCUCUGCCUCAAGGUGAUGCUGGUGACUCAAAUACAGUCAAGAACUACAAGAUCGCUGUCGCAGCGGUUGUUUCUAGCACUGUCGCUGAAAUCCACUUCACCUACUCCGCCGAUACCCUUACGUCCGCUCAAACAAGCCACAUAAUUGAUGCAUUCGACCAUAUUUUGAAUGAUAUGAUGUCCUCGAGCCCCCGUCAUCGCACUAUCGGCGAUUUGGAUCUCUUCCCUGAACGAUCCUGCCGCCAAAUUCGUGACUGGAAUGCCGCCCUUCCGCCAAGAAUGGACAGGUGCGCGGACGAGCUCAUCCAACAGCAAGCCCUUCUUCAUCCCCGGGCCGAAGCCAUCUGCUCGUGGGACAAGAACUUCUCGUACGGUCAAUUGGAAAUUGUUGCCAGCCGCCUUGGCCGCUUUUUGACAAACUCGGGGGUGGGGCCCGAAGUAUUUGUUGUUUUGUGUUUCGAGAAGUCAGCUUGGGCCGUUGUCGCUCAGCUGGCUGUUCUCAAAGCUGGAGGCGCAUUUGUCUCAAUCGAUCCCUCCCAUCCUGAUUCUCGUUUACAAAUGCUAAUUGAUGAGAUUGGUACUGAUCUCGUCCUCUGUUCAUCUUCCCUUCAGCCAAAGCUUGCGAAGCUGUGCAAGAAGGCUUUUGGUGUCUCUCAAAACUCAAUCUCCCAGCUCCCCGAAUCCCCCCUUGCUCUUCCUGGUGCCCGUCCCAACCCUCAAAAUGCCGCCUAUGCUAUAUUUACCUCUGGUACGACCGGAAAGCCCAAGGCUACUGUGGUCGAGCAUGUUGCAUUGAGUACGACUGCUAUCGCUAUGAUGGACGCUCUUCACAUGAACUCAGGCACUCGUGCGCUUCAAUUCUCCAACUACACCUUUGACGUCAGUGUUCUCGAAAUCAUGAUGACAUUGAUGACUGGUGGAUGUGUUUGUGUGCCAAGCGAAGAAGAAAGAAUGAACAACCUGGGUGGUGCCAUCCGACGUAUGGAAGCUAACUACAUGUCCUCGCCGCCUGCAAUUGUCAACACUCUGGAGCCCAAGACCGUUCCAACCCUGAAGACGAUCAUCACUGGCGGUGAAAAGAUGCCCGCUAACCACAUUGAUCGCUGGCAUGAUCGGUUCGUCAUCAACGCGUACGGUCCGUCUGAAGCUACUGUCGUUGCAACAGUCGGCGUGAAGGUCGACUGGGACGGGAAUCGUGUCAAUGAUGACCCAACCUCCAUCGGUACGGCAGCCAACUGCAGAGUCUGGAUCGUUGAUCCGAACAACUAUAACCGCCUGCUCCCUGUCGGUUCUGUCGGCGAGAUGCUCCUUGAAGGCAGUAACAUUGCGCGUGAAUACCUUGGUAACCCAGAAAAGACCAAAGCGGCUUUCGUUGACGACCCGGCUUGGAGCCACCAAAAUGGGCUGCUUGGGCUGUUCAAGCGCAAAGAUCGCAUGUACCGUACCGGCGAUCUUGUUCGCUACAACAGCGAUGGUACUCUUGCGUUCAUCUCCCGCAAGGACACUCAAAUCAAGUUCAAUGGCCAGCGGAUUGAACUCGAGGAGAUUGAACACCAGUGCGUCCGCUGCCUUCCUGAAGGCUCCCAAGUUGCCGUGGACGUGGUUGUCCCUCAAGAGCGAACCGUGGCCAAGGGUCUUGCGGCUUUCUUCACCGUCCAUGAUGAGGACUCCUUCCAAGGUGGCAGCACCGAUCAGUUCACCCCAACUAUACCUGGCGCUGAUCCUCUGCUUCUGCCAAUUUCUGUGUCCAAUAUGGAUGCUGUUCAGAAGCUGAAGAGCUCAUUACCAGACCAUUUGCCUCAGAGCAUGAUGCCUCGCCUCUUCUUCCCGCUACGAAACUUACCGUUUACAUCGUCUGCUAAGAUCGAUCGCCGCAGACUCCGUGCCAUGGUGCAGACCCUGUCCAAGGAGGCUCUCAAGUCUUACAUCACUUUAAAUGUCUCGGCUCCGACCGAAGAGGCCUCUACUGACGGGAUCGACGCCAAGCUCCGCGAUCUUUGGGAGAAGACCCUUGACCUUGAGGCCGGGUCGGUUACUAACCAAGACAGCUUCUUUGCGCUGGGUGGUGAUUCCUUCUCCGCCAUGAACCUUGUGGGUGCUGCCCAGGUGCAAGGAAUUUCGCUCAAUGUCGCGACCAUCUUCAAGACCCCUGUUUUGAUCGACAUGGCAAAGAGCUGCUCCGAAUCCACUGCAACUCCCACUUCCAAGCCAGUUGCUCUUAAGCCCUUCUCGCUCCUCCCACUAUCCGUCGAUCUCGAUAACCUCUUGGAAGAAGUGACCGAAAACUGCGCUGUGCCCAAGGAUGAAAUCUUGGAUGUAUACCCUUGCAGUGCCGUCCAGGAAGGUCUCUUGACAAUGUCCAUCAAACACCACGGUGCCUACGUUGCGCAGCCAGCCUUCCGCUUGGCUCAUGGUGCCGACCUCAACCGAUUCAAGGCUGCCUGGCAACAGACAGUGGCAGACUUGGACGUUCUCCGCACCAGGAUUGUCCACACCGAAGCGAUGAACUUCGCACAGGUCAUCGUCAAAGAUACACCUAUUGACUGGGUGCAUGCCGAGUCUUUUGAUGAGUUGCCCAAUGAUAUCAUAGACCUUCCCAAGCACAACGGUGCACCUUUGGCAGGGUAUGCAAUCGUUCAACCUCGCCAAUCUUCAACUUGCUACUUUGUUUGGUCAGUUCACCAUGCUCUUUAUGACGGCUGGAGCAUUCCCCUCGUGUACCGCAGACUCGAGGAGAACUACAAGGCUCUACAAAACAAGAUUCCCGCGACUUCAUAUGGGCUCUUCAUUGAAUAUCUCAGCAAGAAGAAUAUGGAAGAAUCCGAUGCAUUCUGGAACCGCUAUCUCGCUAACUUGUCUGCUACUCCAUUCCCCCAGAACAAGAAUUCUGUGCCAGAUGCCAUUCGUGCUGGAAACACCCAGUACCACACCAUGGAGAUUUCGCGACCGGCAAACAGUGUUGACUUCACACUUCCGGUGCUUCUUCGCGCAGCCUGGGCCAUCGUGGUCUCAACUCAUACUGGGACUGGUGAUGUCUGCUUUGGCGAGACUUUGUCCGGUCGUAACAUCGACCUGCCUGGCGUGGGCGACAUUGCGGGACCUGUGCUUUCCACCGUUCCCACCCGCAUCACGGUUGAUCAGGAGAUGCCCAUUAUCCAGUAUCUCGACAUGAUUCAUCAAUCCACCACCGACAUGAUUCCUCACCUGCAUGCUGGCCUCCAGCGUAUCCGUUCACUCAACAAUGACACGUCUGCCGGCUGUGGUUUCCAAAACCUGUUGGUCAUCCAGCCCACUGAGGGCGAGCUGGACCAUAAUAUUUGGAUUGAUGAGAAACGGGAAACCAGCGAGGACUUCUUCACUCACCCGCUUGUCAUCGAAUGUGGCAUUUCCAAGACCCGUAUCUCUUUCACUGUUCAUCAUGAUGAGCUAGUCAUCAAUGGCUGGCAGAGCAAACACCUCGCGGAGCAAUUUGGUCAUGUGCUGAGCCAGCUCAUGUCAACCCUGAAGACAAGCUCUAACAAGCUUGCGGAGCUGGAGGUUGUCAGCCCCGAGGACAAGUUGGAGAUCGCUCGCUGGAACCAACGUGAAAUUCCAUCGGUCGAACGCUGUGUCCAUGACUUCAUUCAUGACAAGUGUCUGGAGACACCAAAUGCACCUGCAGUCUGUGCGUGGGAUGGCGAGCUUACCUAUAGGGAAUUCUGGGACCUCGCGUCUUCGUUCGCCAACUACCUUGUUUCUCGUGGUGUUGGCCCGGAGGUGUUUGUCCCUGUGUGUCUUGACAAAUCUGCUUGGGCAAUGGUCACACUCAUCAGUAUCCUGAUCGCUGGCGGUGGCUACGUUCCCUUGGACCCUCAUCAUCCCGUUUCCCGACACGAAGAGAUUUUGAAAGAUGUCGGCGCCAAUAUGAUUCUCUGCACGCCCAACUACACGAACAGAUACACCCGUGUUGUUAAGACAGUCAUCCCAAUCAGCAAGGACACGCUGAAGGCGUACGGAUCUCUCAAUGUCAAUGCCAGAAACCGCACGAAAGUCCAACCUUCGAACAUGGCCUACACACUUUUCACUUCUGGCUCUACCGGACGCGCCAAGGGUAUCGUCGUCGAGCAUCGCAACGCAGUCAGCAGCAUUAUGGCAUUUGCUCCAAUGACUCUGAUGAGGCCCCAGUCGCGAGUCUUUCAAUUUGCUUCUCUCACAUUCGACGCCGCAAUCAUGGAGACAUUGGCGAUCUUGAUGGUUGGUGGCUGCAUAUGUGUUCCAAGUGAGGACGAGCGCUUGAACGACGUCGCUGGUGCUAUCCGCCGCUUGAAUGUCACUUGGACCUUCCUCACGCCGUCCAUUGCAAGCAUCAUCGAGCCAUCUUCCGUCCCCUCGCUGGAAAUCCUCAUCGUCGGUGGUGAGAAGAUGUCCCAGGAAGUCAUCACCAAGUGGGCCAAUGUCCUUCAUUUGAUGAAUGGCUACGGUCCUACGGAAACCGUUGUUUUUGCUGUGGUCGAUACCGCUGUCGCCACCAGCCGCGACCCGGCUCGCAUCGGUUAUGGUAUCCCUUGCACUUUGACCUGGAUUGUUGACGCUGAGAACCAUGACCGCCUUGCACCACUUGGCGCUGUCGGCGAGCUCGCACUUGAAGGCCCAGCCUUGGCCAGGGAAUACCUCAAAAAUCCCGAGAAGAAUGCGGAGUCUUUCAUCAUGGAUCCCGCGUGGGUAAAGGACUUCAAGUCCUCUAUUCCGUCGCCCCGACGAAUCUACAAGACUGGUGAUCUUUGCUAUUACAACCCUGACGGCUCCAUUGAAUACAUUAGCCGCAAGGAUCACCAAGUCAAACUCCACGGACAGCGCAUGGAACUCGGCGAAAUUGAACACAGGCUUUCUGAACAUGAGGCCGUUCGCCAUGCAAUUGUGAUUCUGCCCAAGACUGGGCCUCUGAAGCAGCGACUUGUGACCGUGAUGUCGGCAAACCGGAUCGCUGCCGACAACAAGCUGAUUUCCGACAAGCCGUGUGAGCUUCUCAGCGAAGAGGAAUUUGAUACCAAGGGUCUCUCUAUUCUUGUCGAGGUGCAGAAGCGCCUUGAAGCCCAACUGCCUGUCUACAUGGUUCCUCAGACUUGGGCUCUGAUCAAAAAGCUACCCAUGCUUGUUUCUGGCAAACUCGAUCGGAAGAAGAUCUCCGCCUGGCUCGAGAACAUUGACGACGACUCCUACGAGCGCAUCAUGCAAGAUUUCGACCGCAUGAAGCGUGGCGUGACAGAGAAGCCACAGCCAGAGCAGGAGAAAACCGGCUCCCUCAAGAUCAUUCGCGAGAUUUUUGCGCAGGUCCUCAACAUCUCCUUACAGAAGGUCAAUGUCGACCGCUCUUUUGUCAGCUUGGGCGGUGACAGUAUUACCGGAAUGGCCGUGAUAUCCCGAGCGCGAAAGCAGGGCCUCAUUGUCACAUUGAAUGACAUCCUGCAGUCCAAGUCUGUCAAGGAACUUGCCCAAGUUGCCACUGUCAAGGCUCCCGCCGCCACUCAGCCGCAGGAGAAAUCUGGGGAAGGAUUUGGACUGUCCCCCGUUCAAAUGCUCUACAUGCAGUCUUCGACAUCUUUCAAAGGUUUGGCUCGAUUCAACCAAAGCCUCACUGUGCGAAUCGCCAGACGUGUUGAAGGGGAAGUUCUUCGCAGGGCCAUCAAGGCUGUGACUAGCCAGCAUUCCAUGUUGCAGGCUCGCUUCAUCAAGGUGAAGAACGGUAUCUGGGAACAGAGAACCGGCAGAGAAAUUGAUACUUCCUACCGAUUCCGCGUGCACUCUGUGAGCGACACUCGCGCAAUGGUCCCAAAGAUUGCCGAGAGCCAGUCCUGCCUGGAUCCGCUCAAUGGCCCAAUUUUUGCUGCCGAUCUGUUCAAUCUUCGCAGUGGCGGCCAAGUUCUCUUCCUUGUCGCACAUCAUCUAUGUGUCGACAUGGUGUCUUGGCGAAUCAUUCUCCAGGAUCUUGAAGAGCUUGUCGUUUCCGGCUCACUGUCUGAUGAAAAGGCCUUAUCCUUCCAAAGCUGGUGCGCUAUGCAGCUAGAACACGCGAAGACCCAUGAUGAUUAUCUCGGUAUCCCUUUCACUCCAGAGAGGUCGAACAUGGGCUACUGGGGCAUGGCCAAUACUACCAAUCGGUACGGUGACCUAAAGAUGGAGUCCUUCACUCUGAGUGAAGAUACCACUGGGUUCCUUCUCAACGAUUGCCAUGACGUAUUUGGAACCGAGACUGUGGACAUUUUGCUUGCCGCAGUCGUUCACUCAUUCAGAUUGAUUUUCACCGACAGAAAGAUUCCGACAAUCUACAACGAAGGCCACGGUCGUGAGCCUUGGGACCCAAGCAUCGAUCUUUCUAGAACCGUUGGUUGGUUUACAACCAUGACUCCUCUGCUUAUUGACGGAAAACAAGGAACUAUUCUUGAUACUAUCAAGCGUGUCAAAGACACACGACGCAAGUUCACGGACAAUGGCCGCCCCUACUUUGCCAAGAGUCUUCUUGCAUCCGACCAACAGUCAUCUGAUGAUUUCCAAGUGCCUUUGGAAAUUCUCUUCAACUACCUUGGAAAACUCCAGCAGCUGGAGCGAGCUGAUUCUCUCUUCCGCCAUCAGGGUAGUGUCUUCGACAGCUCGGACUUUGCCGUCGCGGGUGACAUGGGCCCCGAAACAGACCGAUUCGCUCUCUUCGAACUCUCUGCCAUUGUCGUGAAAGAGCGUCUGAACGUAUCAUUUGCGUACAACGGCAAGAUGUCUCGAGAACCCCAAAUCCGCCGCUGGAUCUUACAGUGCAAGCAAACACUCGAGAAAGAAAUGUCUAUUCUGAGAAAUGCCACCCCAGAACCCACUCUCAGUGACUAUCCUCAGCUGCCCAUCAACUACAAUGGUCUCCAGAUCCUUACCAACAGCACUUUCAAAAAGCUCAGCAUUCGAAGCAAGUCCGAAGUGAAGGAUAUUUAUCCAUGCUCACCGAUGCAGGAAGGUCUUUUGCUCAGCCAGCUGCGUGAUUCUAGCGCCUACAUGUUCCACACCAUUUUUGAGAUCAAAGAUGCUCGCUCCGGAAAGGUUGAUGCUGAAAGACUGGCUCGUUCAUGGCAGAUGCUCGUAGAUCGUCACCCAGUUCUCAGAACCAUCUUCAUUGACAGCAACUACAGUGGCGGAUCCUUUGACCAGCUUGUUCUCCAGAAGCUGACUGACUGUGUGCUUCGUGUUGAGUGCCUUGACUCACAAGUCGAGGACAAGCUGAAGGCCAUCUGCCUCCAUGAUCUCAACGCCAUGCGGCCAGCCAAGCUGUCACAUCAGUUCACAGUCUGUAAAACUAUCAGCAGACGCGUGCUGGUUAAACUUGAAAUCAACCACGCUAUUAUCGAUGGCGGUGGCGUUGAUGUCCUACUCCGUGAUCUGGCCCUGGCUUACGAUCGUCGCCUGCCUGAAGGUCAAGGUCCCAAAUUCAGCGAGUACAUUCGCUACAUCAGAACACAAAGCCAGGAUGUCGCGCUUGAUCACUGGAAGGAAUAUCUUGGCGGCGUACGUCCUUGCCACAUUUCUCCUGCAGAUGGUAUCCAAGCAAAGCGUGAGCUUAAGGGCAUUUUGAUGGACUUCACUCGAUACCCUGAACUUUUGAACUUUUGCGAGCAGGCUUCUGUUACCCUGGCGAAUCUGACUUUGUCUGCUUGGGCGAUUGUUCUCCGGGAGGUUACUCGUUCCGAUGAUGUCUGUUUUGGAUACUUGUCUGCCGGUCGCGAUGCGCCCGUCAACGGCAUCCAGGACAUGGUUGGCAUUUUCAUCAACAUGCUCUGCUGCAGGGUGAAAUUUUCUGGUCACCAGUCCCUCGCCGAUGUCUCUAAGAAAGUCAACAACGAUUAUAUUCGCAGCAUUCCUCACCAAAGCUGCUCUCUCGCCAGUAUUCAGCAUGAACUUGGGUGGCAGGGCCAGUCCCUUUUCAACACUACUCUAUCCAUCCAGAACCACACUGUCGCGGGUGGUAACAAGGAGAAAGGUCUCACCUUUGAUCUGCAACAUGCCCACGACCCAAGUGAGUAUGCUAUCACAGUGAACGUCGAUAUCUCUCGAGGUGCAGAAGGCAUCAUGUUGCGCUACUGGAAUGACAUGGUGAGCGAUGACCAAGCACAGGGCUUGGUAAACAGUAUUGCAAAGGUGUUCACCAGCUUCAUUGAGGCGCCAUCUUCAAAAAUUUCGUCCUUGAAGUUGGAGAACAGUAUUUUAGAGGAACAGGAUUCGGAAUGGACCAAGUCUCAGUCUACUCUGAAUGAGAAAGUGAAGUCAGGUAUCGAAGGUCUGGACAGCGCUGCGAUUCAAAAGAUUAUUGACAACCGUGUGCAUGAGAUUAUUGGACAGAUGCUGAGAGAUGGAAAGUUGAUGGUGCCCCAUAUGCGACCAGAGAGCUUCUCUGGCUAUGGGCACCCUGAUGAUGGAGUGGAUUCUCCAUACCCACUGGAGGAUGGUAUUCAAGGAGCCGAUGAUUCGGGCGUUUGCUCUGCGACAUCACGAUCAAGCGAGGAGGGAUUGCUGGCAGAUCUUGAGAGAAGAUUAUGGACUCUAUGGAGCACUGCCUUGGGCUUGUCGCCUAAUGUUGUGCGACACCAGGACAGUUUCUUCAAACUGGGCGGUGACAGUAUCACUGCAAUGAAGAUGGUUAGCGCUGCACGCGAGGACGGUUUGGUUCUUACUGUUGCAGAUGUUUUCAACAACCCAGUUUUCGAGGACAUGCUCGCGACUGUUCGGGCGGCUAAUGUCACCCAGCAAAUGUUAGAUGUCGAUCUGAAGCCUGCUCAUAAGGACACCGACUCUUUCACGGACAGCAAACCGACAACACUCGCACCGACCCCGUCUUCCGAAAGCAUUUCUGUCCUCAGGCCCGUCAAAGCUGUGGAUGAUGCCUCCGUGCAGACCGGGAUCUGUCCUAAGAUAGGUGUUUUCAAGGGUGGUAUUGCGGAUGUCCUUCCUGUGACCGACUUCCAGGCCAUGUCCCUCACUGCAACCCUGUUCAAGUCACGAUGGAUGUUGAACUAUUUCUUCCUGGAAGGCAACGGACCUCUAGACCUACGCCGCCUCCGCGAGAGCUGCUUAAAGGUUGUUGAUGCGUUCGAUAUUCUGCGGACCGUUUUCGUUUGCUUCCACGACCAAUUCUUCCAGGUCGUGCUCCGCAAGAUUCGUCCCAGCAUUUUUGUUUACGAGACCGAUCGUGGGAUGGAUGAGUUUACCAUGAGCCUGCAGCAGCGUGACCGUGAUUAUGGCCCUCGCGAAGGAGAGCAGUACGUACAAUUCUACGUGGUCAAGAAGAAGAACAGUGAUGAACACCGUAUCAUGAUUCGUCUUUCUCACACCCAGUACGACGGUGUGUGUCUUUCCAAGAUCAUGUCUGCCAUCAAGCUUGGAUACGAGGGCAGCCCUCUCCCUCCUGUGACUCCUUACGCCAGCUACCUGCGUCAACUCCCCGGUACAAUCGGUCCGGAUCAUUACAAUCACUGGUCCAAGCUCUUGAAGGACUCGCAAAUGACGCAGGUUGUGCGCCGCAAGGGAACUUCCAUGUUCCAAAAUGUGGGUGCUUUCACUGAAAUUCGGAGGAACAUUGAGAUCCCUCCCACGGCACUUGGAAACGUCACCGUUGCAACUGUUAUGCAGGCGGCCUGGGCCAUCACCCUGGCAAAGCUGUCUGCCCAGUCCGAUGUGGUCUUUGGUCUGACAAUUAGCGGUCGCAACGCAACUGUUCCGGGUAUCGAGACUACCGUUGGCCCUUGUGUCAACGUCAUUCCAGUACGCGUCAAGUUUGAUGAGAAAUGGACUGGACUUGGACUUUUCCGUUAUCUUCAAGAUCAGCAAGUCUCGAAUAUGCCCUUUGAGUCUCUUGGCUUCCGAGAGAUCAUUAAGCAGUGCACUGACUGGCCUGCAUGGACAUAUUUCACUACCUCAGUAUUCCACCAGAACGUUGACUACGAGGGCUCCCUUGAACUAGACAACACAAAGUAUCGCAUGGGCGGUGCCGGCGUCAACGACAACUUUGCGGACUUGACUCUGGUUUCUCGUCCCGCAGAUGAUCGCAGCCUGAGUGUCACUCUUGGAUACUCUGAGAAGGGACCUAUCAUUCCAGCCUUUGCAACCAAGGUCCUCGACAUGGUCUGCGAAAUUGCACUGUCCCUCGUCGCAAACCCUUCCACUGCCCUGCCAUCGCCAAGCAUGCUGCGCUCCCUCCCACCUCAGGUAGUCGACGACCUGCCCCGAUCCUCAGAUGAGCAUUUCCUCAGCGCUCACCUCAAGUCCCGCUCCAUCGCUGAAUUGCUUGUACACUCUGACAUCCUAUCCCGCUCGUGGCAUCAAGUCUUACCAAACCGUGCUUCUACUUCCACAACUGCUUCAGAUACUGGUGACAAACCCACCCACCAAGCUGCUUUCCAGCUUGACUCAUCAUUCUUCGAUCUUGGUGGCGACAUCUUCAACAUGGCCCAACUCACAUGGCUCCUUGAGCAAGAAGGUCUCAAAGUUCGCCUCGAGGAUCUUCUUGAGCAUCCUUCUUUCCUUGGGCAGAUGGCUGUCCUGGCCUUGCACAAUGCAAAGCACCAGGAUGAUUUCCCUCCUGAGUUUGCUGCUGGCACAGCCUCACCUGAUCCUGUCGCCACAACUCGCGUCGAAAAGAGAAAGACUUGGGAGAAGGCCAUGAUGAUCGCCCGCAAACUGACGCGCAGGAACAACAUGGUUUCAAGCCAUGCCUGA